CUCACUGACUCCCAAGUUCGCAGCUCGCCGCUGCCUCUGCUGCUGUCACCGCUGCUGCCGCUGCUGCUUCUACAUCCCACAGAGGAGAGAGAGAGAGCCAAAGAUAGCCUCCGUUCCCUCUCCCCAACCUCUCUCUCUUCCUCUCUUUUUUCACUUUGUUUGUGGAUGAUGGGAUUUUAAUCAUGUGGAAGACAGCUGAGUGGCUCUCCUGGAUUUCGCUGACGCUGCGCCUGGUCCCGCCUGGCCUCCUCUAAGCAGGAUGGACACUCUGGAGUCAGAGCUGACCUGCCCAAUCUGCCUGGAGCUCUUUGAAGAUCCGUUGCUGCUCCCUUGCGCCCACAGCCUGUGCUUCGGUUGUGCUCACCGUAUCCUCGUCUCUCACUGUGCCACAAACGAAUCUGUUCAGAGUAUCGGCGCCUUCCAGUGCCCCACCUGUAGAUAUGUCAUUUCCCUGAGUCCUGAGCGUGGAUUAGAGGGACUUAAGAGAAACGUGACCUUGCAGAAUAUUAUUGAUAGAGUUCAACGAGCCUCAUCUUCAUCUGGGCUCCCUCUACCACUGCCUUUGCCUGCGCCCCACAGUGGGCCAAACUCUCCCGGAGAAGAAGGGAGCAACCGCUUGGCGCUGGUCCCUGUCAGCGCCGCCAUGUCCAGCCCAGGUACGCCUCCGGAGCCGGUCCAGUGCCAGUUCUGUGAGCAGGACCCGCCACAGGAUGCUGUCAAGACGUGUGUGACGUGUGAGGUGUCAUAUUGUGAGGAGUGUCUCCGUGCAACGCACCCUAACAAGAAGCCGUUCACCGGCCACCGGCUCAUCGAGCCCAUGCCGGACUCCCACCUGCGAGGGCUCCAGUGCCUGGAGCACGAGGAGGAGAAGGUGAACAUGUACUGUGUCACUGAUGAUCAGCUGAUCUGCUCGCUGUGCAAACUGGUGGGAAGACACAGAGACCACCAAGUGGCAGCACUGAGUGACCGCUAUGAAAAACUCAGGCAAGCCCUAGAUACCAACCUGAGUAAUUUGAUCAAGAGGAACAACGAGCUGGAAUCACUUAUGGGCAAACUGAUUCAGACUUGUCAGCAUGUAGAGGUGAACGCGUCCCGCCAAGAGGGAAAGCUGCUGGACGAGUGUGAUCUCCUGAUUGACAUUAUUCAGCAGAGGAGGCAGAUCAUUGGCAACAAGAUCAAGGAGGGGAAGGCCCAUAGGCUUCGGAAGCUAGCCCAACAGAUCUCCAACUGCCAGCAGUGCAUCGAGAGGUCCUCGGCUCUCAUCACACAGGCCGAUCAGACGCUGAAAGAGACCGAUCACGCCCGCUUCCUGCAGACUGCCAAGAGCAUCAACGAGAGGGUUUCCAUGGCAACUGCAUCAACCCAAGUGCUGAUCCCUGAGAUCCACCUCACUGAUACCUUCGACACCUUCGCCCUAGACUUCACCAGAGAGAAGAAACUGCUGGAGAAUCUGGAUUACCUCACUGCUCCAAGUGCUCCAGCCAUAAGGGAAGAGUUGUGCACAGCUUCCUAUGACACCAUCUCUGUCCACUGGACAUCUGAUGAUGAAUUCACUGUGGUGUCCUAUGAGCUCCAGUAUGCCAUCUUCACUGGACAGUCUAACAUUGCCAGUCUGUGUAACUCAUUGGAAAGCUGGAUGAUUGUUCCAAACAUCAAGCAGAACCACUACACCGUGCACGGUCUGCAGAGCGGCACCAAGUAUAUUUUUGUUGUCAAGGCCAUUAACCAAGCGGGGAGCAGGAGCAGUGAACCGGGGACUCUGAAAACCAACAGCCAGCCAUUCAAGCUGGAUCCCAAAUCUGCCCACAAGAAGCUGAAGGUCUCACAUGAUAACCUGACAGUGGAGCGGGAUGAAACCACGUCCAAAAAAGGCCACAAUCAGGACCGUUUCACUAGCCAGAGCAGCUAUGGAGUGGUAGGGAAUGUCUAUAUCGAUAGCGGGCGCCACUACUGGGAGGCUCUGAUUGGAGGGAGCACAUGGUACGCUGUGGGUAUAGCCUACAAGUCAGCCCCCAAGCAUGAGUGGAUCGGCAAGAACUCGGCCUCUUGGGUGCUCUGCCGUUGCAACAACUCCUGGGUGGUGCGCCACAACAGCAAGGAGCUUGCUAUUGAGCCUUCACCCCACCUGCGGCGUGUCGGGGUCCUGUUAGACUACGACGCCGGCUACCUGACCUUCUACGACGCCGUGGGCUCCCAGCACCUGCACACGUUCCAUGUCUCCUUUGUUCAGCCUGUGUGUCCUGUGUUCAACGUGUGGAACAAGUGUCUGACGAUUCUCACUGGUCUACCCAUCCCAGACCAUCUGGAGGGACUGGAGCCCGAGGACUGAAAGCUACAGACGGACAGAAUAAAUCAGCAUAAACUAGUCUUACUUAUCUUGAAGCUGCAUUGGGCAAGAUUUGUGAAAAUGCUCAUCUUUGAAUAGAGAACAGAAGAAACACCCGUGCUCUUUAAUUCAUACAGAUCCGCUCUAAUUGUCCAAAUUAAAUUCUUGUCUUGUGCACUUUCCUACUCAGCUAAUGAACACUCUGUCCAAAGAAACUGAACUCACCAGUGUUUGAUAUUCACUUAUUUUCCAUUUGGUUUUACUUUGGCACAUACAAAUCGCAAAAACCAGCAAGUAAUCAUGAGCAUGUAUGAGUGGACAGCUUAAAAGGUGGAACUUUUUCAAUCUAAACUUGCUACCAUUUGUGCAAAUUUGCCCAGUGCAGUGUAAAAAAAAAGAGUAUAUGUGAUGUUUGAGGUAUUAUUUUGUCAAGCUUCUCAAAAGUGAUUUUUAGUUAGGGACCAGAAUAUUAACAAGCAUAGUUUAUUAUAGUUUAUUGUGAUUUCUAAAAGCGAAUAUGAUGCUGGUUCAUGUUGUCUUUGACUCUUUAAAGCUUAGUGAAAACCUGUUCUAGAUGGAUGAGAGUAGGUGGGAGGGGAUCCAGAGGACAAAUGGACAGUGUUGGACUAGAAAUUCCUACUAUAAGGCACUUUGGGCUACGAUGGACAUGUUUGUACCAUGGCAAAUAGGAAACAAGCCACAUAAAUUUCUAAUUUUCUUUUUUUUUAAUACCACCUUAUCAGAUGGAGCACUUUGAAAAUCCCUGAAAGUACACUCAUACUGCAGACACACAUACACACACAAUUAAACAUGUGCUAAUAUACCCAUACCGCCACUUACUACUCAAAUCAAUCAAAGCUUCUGAAACGAGUGAUAUGAAGGUGUAUAUUUUGUAGAUUCAUCACAAUCCUCCCCCAGCCCUCCCAUCUUUCCCCUUGUUCAUUAAAGAGGGACCAAAGUAGCCAUUGCUGUCUGAUCAGAGAUAUUUACAUACAUUUUACUUUAAGUUAAUAAAUGCUGAAUUAUUUUUAAGAAGUGACAGAGAGGAAAUAGCAUUAUGCUAGUAUUAACUGCAGGAUUCCCACAAAUGUAGAUGACGUCUUUGUUUUUGCACAAUGUUCAUACUUUGUUCAUGGUUUUGUAGAAAACGCCUAAAUAUCUUCAUUCAUUUUGUGCAAUUAACAUGCAUUCAUAUUGUGUUCUGUUUGACUUAUUGUGUUAAUUUCCUUUCUCGGCAGUCGCACAAGUCCUGCCAUUAUGAUUUUAUGUGAUACAUAAUAUGUGAGUUGUGUUACAGUUGUAGCCCCGGGUUAUUAUUGGAACAAAGGGGGUGAAAUGCAUUUUUUCUCUCAUUUUUCUAUAAAACAAGCAUAUGGCUAUUUAGUGCGACAUAUUGUACUGGUGUUCCAACACUCCAGAACUAU